UGGUCUUUCAUUGGCCGGAUCCUCGCCCGGAGCCCUGUUCGUACGUUUAAGUCGUGGCGUGCGUCUGGGAGGCUGUUUCGCGCUCAUUUCACCGACCGGGACGGCGCUACUUUGCGCGUGACUGUGUUCAACGAAGGUGCCGAAAGGUUUUUCGACGUGCUCUCUCCAGGGGCGGUUUGCUCGUUCUCUAAUGGGCGCAUCAAG